ACCACCGCUGCUCCUACAACUACCACAGAGGCUCCAACAACAACCACAGCUUCUCCCAGUUCAACCACAGCUGCUCCCACUAAAACAACAGCUGCCCCAACAACAACAACAGCGGCCCCAACAACAACAACAGCUGUUCCCACUACAACCACAGCUGCCCCCACAACUACCACAGAGGCUCCAACAACAACCACAGCAGCUCCUACAACUACCACAUAUGCUCCAACAACAACCACAGCUGCACAUACAACUACAACAACUGCUCCCACUACAAGCACAGCUGCUGCCAAUACAACCACAGCUAACCCAACAACUACCACAGAGGCUCCAACAACAACCACAGCUGCACCUACAACUACAAUAGCUGCUUCCACUACAACCACAGCUGCACCUACAACUACAAGAGCUGCUUCCACUACAACCACAGCCGCACCUACAACUACCACAAAGGUUGCAACAACAACCACAGCUUCUCCCACUACAACCACAGCUGCACCUACAACUACAACAGAGGCUCCAACAACAACCACAGCUUCUCCCACUACAACCACAGCUGCCCCUACAACUACCACAGAGACUCCAACAACAACAACAGCCACUCCUACAACUACCACAGAGGAUCCAACAACAACAACAGCUGCUCCCACUACAACCACAGCUGCACCUACAACAACAACAGAGGCUCCAACAACUACAGCCGCUCCUACUACAACAUCAGCUGCACUUAUAACUGCAACAGAGGCUCCAACAACAACAACAGCCACCCCUACAACUACCACAGAGGUUCCAACAACGACAACAGCUUCUCCCACUACAACUACAGCUGCCCCUACAACUACCACAGAGACUCCAACAACAACAACAGCCACUCCUACAACUACCACAGAGGUUCCAACAACGACAACAGCUGCUCCCACUACAACCACAGAUGCAUCUACAACUACCACAGAGGCUCCAACAACAACAACAGCCGCUACAACAACAACCACAGCUUCUCCGACUACAACCACAGCUGCACCUACAACUACCACAGAGACUCCAACGACAACAACAGCCACUCCUUCAACUACCACAGAGGUUCCAACAACGACAACAGCUGCUCCUACUACAUCCACAGCUGCACCUACAACUACCACAGAGGCUCCAACAACAACAACAGUCACUCCUACAACUAGCACAGAGGCUCCAACAACAACCACAGCUUCUCCCACUACAACCACAGCUGGCCCUACAACUACAACAGAGACUCCAACAACAACGGCCACUCCUACAACUAACACAGAGCCAACAACAACAACAGUCACUCCUACAACUAGCACAGAGGCUCCAACAACAACCACAGCUGGCCCUACAACUAACACAGAGGCUCCAACAACAACCCCAGCUUCUCCCACCACAACCACAGUUGCACCUACAACUACAACAGAGGCUCCAACAACAACCACAGCUUCUACCACUACAACCACAGCUGCUCCCACUACAACAACAGCUUCCCUAACAACUACUACAGAGGCUCCAACAACAACAACAGCUGCUCCCACUACAACCACAGCUGCACUUAUAACCGCAACAGAUGCUCCAACAACAACUACAGCUUCUCCCACUACAAAAACAACAACGGCUGCUCCUAUUUCAACCACAUCUGGCCCUACAACUACCACAGAGGUUCCAACAACGACAACAGCUGCUCCCACUACAACCACAGCUGCACCUACAACAACAACAGAGGCUCCAACAACUACAGCCGCUCCUACUACAACAUCAGCUGCACUUAUAACUGCAACAGAGGCUCCAACAACAACAACAGCCACCCCUACAACUACCACAGAGGUUCCAACAACGACAACAGCUUCUCCCACUACAACCACAGCUGCCCCUACAACUACCACAGAGACUCCAACAACAACAACAGCCACUCCUACAACUACCACAGAGGUUCCAACAACGACAACAGCUGCUCCCACUACAACCACAGAUGCAUCUACAACUACCACAGAGGCUCCAACAACAACAACAGCCGCUACAACAACAACCACAGCUUCUCCGACUACAACCACAGCUGCACCUACAACUACCACA